AUGAGGAAGGCCGGGGGCAGGCUCGCGCCCAGUCGGAGCAGCUUUAACAUCUGCCUGAAUGCGUGCAGACACGGGAGGCAGAGGGACAAAGUAAUGAGCGUGUUGGAGAUGAUGGUGCAGGACGGGAUUCCGCCCAGCGGAAAGAGCUACAGCUCUGCCUUGCAGGCUUGUGCAAAGGACGGCAAUGUGCCCGACGCCCGCAAGAUGUUGGGGUGGAUGUGGACGUCUCCUGACCUGGAGGGGGGCGUCAAGGGCCUCCGGCCCACGACGUGGGGCUACAAUUGCGCCAUGGAGGCGUGCGCGAGGUCGGGGGACUGGGGGUCCGCCGUCGAGCUUAUGGACGAGAUGAGAACGCACGGUCUCAGCCAUGAUGCCUUCACGUACGGCGCGGCCUUGGAGGCCUGCGGGCGCACGGGGAACUGGCAGAAGGCCGAGGCUAUCGUCGAGCAAAUGGCGGACGCUUACAUCGAGUCCCUCGAGGUCGCUAACGGUAGCGGUGACGAUGGUACCGGCGGUGACGUUGCUGCUUGUGCCCACUCGGGCAAGUCGCCGUUAUUCCCUACUGCGGUCCACUGCAACGCGCUCCUUCAGGCAUACAGCCGUGGGAAACGGGUCGACAAGGCUCUCCGCUUGCUGGACGAAAUGCUUGCGGUAGCGCCCGUGCCGCCUUCCUCGGCGACCCCGCCACCCGUGCUGUCGGCAGCAGCGGCGGCAGCACCCGAGGAGAACCUCGUUAGCAGUAGGGUUAGCUUAGAGCCGCCGCCGCCGGUGACAGUGGCGGCAGCAGAAACAAUAGCGGCAGGAUUGACGGAGUUUGAUCCCGUGGAGGACGAAGAGGCAUUCAGCAGCGGUAGCGGCGGCAGCAGCAGCAGUACGAGCUACAGAAGAACGCAAGGGCUAGCGGAAAUUCAUUAUCGCCCGCAACCCCCCCUAGGCGAAGGAGAAUCGAGUCCGGCGGCGAGGAGCGAGGCAUCGCCGCCGCCGCCGCCGCCGCCGCCGCCGCCGCUAAGCUCGUCCGCAAGCGCGAACGCGAUCGCGAAGAUCGGAAAAGAAGAAUCCACCGCCGACGGCGGCGGCGGGGAAGGGAGCCGGGACAAUGACGAGGGCGACGACUGGUCAGCGCUGUUGCGGUGGGACCCCCGCCUCCCUCUCCCUCGCCCGGACGCCGUCAGCUUCGGCACGGUCAUCGACGGCUGCUCGCGCGCUCGCUUGGCCGACGAAGCGGUCGGUCUGCUCAAGGUCAUGGGGGAAGAGAGGAUAGGAGGGACGGCCCCUAUCGCCGGCGGCGGCGGUGGCAGCGGGGACACUCCGCUCCUCCCGCCGAACGUCCACUGCCUGACGGCGGCGAUAACGGCGUGCGGGCGCGCGAACCGGCUGGAGCUGGCGAUGGCCGUUCUACGAGAGGCGGCGGUAUUGGAAGACGCUUGGCUCGACGAACAGGUGCGGCUAUCACGGCGGUUGCAAGAGGAUGAUGCCCAUGAAAAGUCAUCAACGGCAAGUCCAGCGGCGGCGUGGGAGUGGGAAAAGGAAGCGGGGGCGGCGGAAGUUUCACCGACACCGGAUAGACGGCGGCGGCAACGGAACCAACCACCGGGCGAGGAUACCUCGCCGGUCGCUGACAGCGGCACGUCGUCGACAACAAUUUCGAAGGAACGAGGGGUAGGAGCGGACGCAGGAAUAGCGGCUUCGGGCGGAAGGUCGUUGGUGAACGAGACGGCAAUGUUCAACGGCGGCAAGCUGGCGGGUGGGAAGGAUGCAGAGGCUACCAUCGACGGCGUUAAGUCAGCUGCUGCUGGGGCGGCGGCGGCGUGGGAUAGGAGGGAAACAAGCACGGCGGAGGGUCCGUUGCCGGCACGGUCGUCUCUCCAGCCGGCCUUCAACGCGGCGAUAAACGCCUGCGUGAAAUCCGGGAGCCACGGCGAAGCCCGCUUGCUGAUGAGGGAUAUGGGGGAGCGGGGGCUAAGGCCUGGGAGGGAGGCGUUCAAUAGCCUUCUGGUGGUGUGUUCGACCUCCUAUGAGGCCAUGAACCUCUUGGCUGAAAUGGAGAGAGCGAGAGUCGUCCCGGACGUGGCCUCCUACACCGCGGCGAUUGGGGCAUGCUCCAGGGGGGGAGACCUCCCGGCCGCCCUCGGCCUGUUCGAGGCGAUGCGCCGCCCCUCCCCUCCCAGCGCGGCGGCGGCGACAGCGGCGGCGGCGGAGCCCGGCACCGGCGACGGCGCGGUGGGUGGGCGAGCGGCGAAGGUCCGGGCGGCGCCGAUGGCCGACGCGCAGGCGUACGGGGCCGCGGCGGCGGCGUGCGCCAGGGGAUUGGACCACCGGGGGGCCUUGCGGCUGCUGGGCGAGAUGCGCGAGGCCGGGCUGAGGCCAGGCAGGCCGAUGUUCGGCGCCGUUAUCGACGCCUGCGCGAGGCGCGGCAAGUGGGAGGAGGCCACCGCCUUGCUUGAGGAGAUGUCGGCAUCCGGCGUAGCGCCGUCGCUUAGGCACUACUCUAGCGCUAUUUUUGCGUGCGCGUUGGGGGAGAACCCGGGGAAAGGACUGGAACUCCUGUCCGUGAUGCGGAAGAAGCGUGUGAGCCCCAACAGCACCUGUGUGAACGCCGCCAUCCACGGCUUCGCGCUGCUGGGUGACUGGGAGAAGUCUUUGGAGAUUCUCAACAAUAUGGAGAGGGCCCACCACGUUGUUCCUGAUUCGGUAAGCUACAAUACCGCCAUGAAGGCCUGCUUCCGUUCGGGCCAGAACCAGGCGGGCCUCGCUCUCUUCGACCGGAUGCGCUCCUACCCGCCCAACCCACCCAGCAGCGGCGGCGGCGGCGGCGGCGGCGGCGGCGGCGAGAAAGCCUCCUCCGCUUCUCACUCCACGAAGCGGCAUCCCCGAACGUUUCUGAGAGUUUCGCUCCCGAAAGGCGGCGGUGCGGCGGCAAUGGUGCAACCCCCCGCGGCGUCCGCAAGAGAAGCCACAGCCGUCAUCGCCGCCGCUGCUCCUGCUAGACUGCAGCAGUCUGCUAGAGACGCUGGUGCCGACAGCGUCGAGAAGAACGGUGGUGGGUUUGUUGGAGGUGCCGCGGCGUGCCGGGAGGGCGAGGAGAGCCCUGGCGUCGCCGGCGGGGAGGGGAUCGGCACCGCUCAUUCUCGGGCGGCAGUGGCAGCAACAGGGGGCGCGGAAGUUUCGGCGGCGGUGGGUAGGGGCAAGGGAAAGGGGCGAGGGGGUCGCUCCGCAUUCAGAGCGUCCUCUCCGCCGCGCCCCGAUACAGCGUCGUACAACACGGUCAUCGCGGCGGUGGGGUCGGCGUGGGGGUGGGGCGGGCAGGGACAGGCCACGGCGCUGCUCAGGGAGAUGCGGGUGAGAGGGCUGCAGCCAGACCGGUUCACCUUCAAAGCGAUGAAAAAAGCGGGAGGGGAAGUCGAGGAAGCUGCCGAUGUUUGUCGGUGACGCGAGAUAAGAGCCACCACCACCCCCGUAGAGCCAUUGUGACGGCUCUAUUUUUCCUCAAGAAUGGCAGGGGUACGGAACAUGGUAUCUCCAGCUCUGGGGAGCAGUAUUUUCUGGCAGAGGAUUUUUGUUUGUGGGGAGGUGAACGUUUUCGGCCCCCUCUGUCCGGGCUGUUGACUGUAUUAUCGCAGCUGGGACAAAGUAGUUGAGCUGGCGGUCGAUCUCGUUCUCUUUCGUCGUUAUCGUACCUGUGGCACUUCCCGCCCGUGCCCGUUCUAAAAUUUUUGUUUGCCCUAUCUUUGUAGUCCCUGCCAGUGUCUCGAUAGAGCCUCGGGCAAACAUGUGCUGGUGGGUUCUUUUGUGGCGCCAUAUCUAAGUUGUUCAAGCAAGCGCCUGCUGUGUGGAUGUUCUUGGCCGCGUGGAGCGAACCGGCCGUUCAGCAAAAAUGAUCCCCCAAUCAUUAACAAAUUGUUAUUUUUUCGUUGUUUUUUUGCUGUUUUGUCAACAAAACGCAAUGUGCUGACCAGUACGGGCGGGCGUCAUCCCCGCACUACUGCUGUUAUCUUGUAGUACGGGUUCUUCCACGUUCUCCGCGGCAAAGAAACGGGCUUCCGCGCUCGUAAGCCAACACACAAUAUAACAGGCACAACGAGGGAGAAGGAAAUCGGGCAAGCAAGUCCCAACACUCGUGAAGUAAACACACCGAGUGCAGAUCUGGUACACUGCUGUGGAUGGACACACAGCGCUGUGCUCUGUGUUUCAUUGUACAGCAAAAGGAAGCUGAUCAAGUUCGAACGAGUACUCCUUCUUCGCCCCACCUUCGCCUUUCACUCGCAUUUAUUUGAACUACACAACACUGCACGUUUCACGAUUGGUGCCAAGGGACGGAUGUGGCCGACCGCAUCUAUCAGUCAACCUGAAAAUUUCGUCUGUGCGCGACUUUCAUCGUACUUGGAAGUACUCAAAAAUAACGGAGGGCGAUCGGCCUCAAUGUACUUCUUACUUGUUCGUCACUUUGAAAGUCAGCGCGUAGUCUACACACGCAGCAUUUCUGCCGCGUCGGAGCUCCAAUCCGUGGUCCCCAGAAGGGUUCCUCCCCCUUAGGUCUCCUACCCGCCCCUCUUGCAGUGCUUGC